AUGAAAAUUUGUUACAGAGAUAUUCCAUACUUCGAUAAAAGUAUACUGAUCGUUAGAAAAAAAGUAAAAAAUGAUACUAAUGGAUUUAUUUAUGCUAAUGAAAUAAAAUAUAAAAUAGUUGGAGAAAAAGAAAGAAAACAUAUUUUGUGUCAGGAAUCAUCAUCAACUGCAGACAAUAUUGAAAUUGUAAUUGUACUCAUCAAUAAGAAGGAAUUUAAUAAAUAA